UGAGAAUUGGAUGGAGAUGAUUGGCAGGCUUGAGUGUUGGCGAAAUAGAAUUAUAGAGAAGAUGAGCAAAACAGCACAAAUGCAAGAUCACAAGUGUUGGUGAAAUCGCUAUUUCGCUAGGCCUCUACUGCUUUUAGAAUUUUAAUGUACCUUAUUAUCUAUUUAUUAAAUAAAGAAGUAAAGUUUUUUUUAGAAAAUAGUGAAGUAUUAUGUGUUGUAUUUCAAAAAAAAUUAUAUGUGUAUCCAUAUCCGUACUGCAUAGAUGAGCUUCUCUUGUUGCUUCGUACUUAGUUCAUGGAGCACUAUUUUAGGACUAUUCCAACUUAUAUUUAGAUGGCAAAAUCUAAAGUAACAAGUCAGAAUUCACGGGCGAGAAAAAAAACUGCGCUGGGCAGGUAGGACAACGAAAUCUGCAAUCCAGAUGUUUUCUACAUUUUUAGUGAUAUACUGAUAUGAACUUAUAAAUUUUCUACAUUUUUAGCUUGACCACUGAGACUUGUGUGUAAUAUUAUGUUAUUAAUAGUCAAUUGAGUGCUGUACAGUUUUUUUUAUCUGCUAAUUUUACUAAUGCCAUGUUGAUUGUUGCUGUUAGGAGAAAUUCUUCCAGUUAUCUAGUUGUCAUUUUUUUUUUCAGGACCGAAGGAUUGAAGAAUCAAAACCACUGCUAGAAGACUUUCCGGGACACGACUCCUCUUUCGGAUUCAGUAGUGGUAGACGCCUAGACGAGAGAAAAAAAGAAAGAAAAAAAAACAGUCAAGAAAGAAAUUUUCCAAGCUUGCGAGUAAAUUCUGACGGAACACUCUUUAUCUUCUUCGCCACUGCACCUCUGCCGUAUGGCUAAACCCCUCCCCAUCCCCGCCCUGGCGGCGGCUCGCCUUCCCUUCCGCAUCCUCUCCCCCUCAGCUCCACCUCCCUGCCUCCUCCCCUUCCUCCCCCCACCAUUCGUGCCUCAGAGACGCAGCCUUUCUGCCUCCGCUGUAUCCACCAGCAAGCGCAGCAGGCCGCUGGCCCCGGUCAUCAGUGAGGGCAGUGACGGCGAGGAAGCCGCUGUCGGUCGGCCUGUAUGUCCUGGAUGCGGGGUCUUCAUGCAGGAUGUGGAUCCCAACCUCCCUGGCUUCUUCAAGAACCCCUCCCGCAGCUCUCAGGACAAAAUGGGAGAAAGUGCAGAAGGGCUUUUGUCUGCUGAUACGGAUGCAUUUCUUGAAGAUGAGGAGGUGCAGGUGGCGGAAGAUGCAUUGGUGUUAGAAUCAGAUGAUGAAUUGGAGGACCUGGACAGCGAUAUCGAUGAGUUCCUUGAAGAAAUUGGGGAGGAUGAGUCAGCGGUGAAGGCUGACACUGAUAUUGAUGGUUUUGCAAGUGAUUGGGAUUCCGAUUGGGAGGAGAUGGAAGAAGACGAGGAUGAGAAAUGGAGGAAAGAACUGGAUGGUUUCACCCCACCUGGUGUUGGCUAUGGGAACAUCACCGAGGAGACAAUCCAGAGACUGAAGAAAGAGAAGCUGUCCAAGUCCGAAAGGAAGCGCCGGGCGAGGGAGGCUAAGAGGGCUGAGGCUGAGGAGGACUUGGCCGUGGUCUGUGCGCGGUGCCACUCCCUGAGAAAUUAUGGGCUUGUGAAGAAUGACAGGGCUGAGAACUUGAUCCCGGACUUUGAUUUUGAUAGGUUCAUUUCAUCUCGGCUGAUGAAGCGGUCAGCUAGCACGCCAGUUAUCGUCAUGGUGGUGGAUUGUGCAGACUUUGAUGGGUCAUUUCCCAAGCGAGCUGCCAAGUCAUUGUUUAAGGCACUUGAAGGAAGGAGGAAUUCUAAGGUGAGUGAAACACCGAGGCUUGUUCUUGUUGGUACAAAGGUAGAUUUACUUCCGUGGCAGCAAAUGGGAGUGCGGUUUGAUAGGUGGGUUCGUGUCCGUGCUAAGGCUUUUGGAGCACCAAAGCUGGAUGCUGUUUUCUUGAUCAGCGUCCACAGAGAUUUGGCUGUUAGAAACCUAAUUUCAUACAUAAAGGACUCAGCAGGACCUCGUAGCAAUGUUUGGGUGAUUGGUGCACAGAAUGCUGGAAAAUCUACAUUGAUCAAUGCUAUUGCAAAGAAGCAAGGUGUUAAAAUCACAAGAUUGACUGAAGCUGCUGUCCCGGGAACAACAUUAGGCAUACUGAGGGUAACAGGUGUUUUGCCUGCAAAAGCAAAGAUGUAUGACACUCCUGGCUUGUUGCAUCCAUACAUAAUGGCAAUGAGAUUAAAUAAUGAGGAACGAAAGAUGGUUGAAAUAAGGAAAGAAUUGCGGCCACGAUCCUUCAGGGUGAAAGUAGGACAAUCCGUCCAUAUUGGAGGCUUAACACGUCUGGAUGUGCUAAAAUCAUCAGCACAGACUAUCUAUGUAACUGUCUGGGCAUCUUCCAAUAUUCCCCUCCAUCUUGGAAAGACUGAAAAUGCUGGUGACUUGCGAGACCAACAUUUUGGCAUCAGACUUCAGCCGCCAAUUGGCCCGGAGCGAACUAAUGAAUUGGGUCACUGGACAGAAAGACGCAUUGAGGUGUCUGGGGAGAGCUGGGAUGUCAACAGUAUGGACAUCGCUGUUUCUGGGCUUGGAUGGUACUCCUUGGGCCUCAAAGGCACAGCCACUGUUUCCUUGUGGACAUUUGAGGGCAUUGGUGUGACAGAACGUGAUGCGAUGAUUCUGCACCGAGCCCAAUUUCUCGAAAGGCCUGGAUUUUGGUUACCCAUUGCUAUUGCUAAUGCUAUAGGUGAGGAGACAAGAAAGAAUAACGAGAGGAGAAAGGCUGAGCAAAGAAAAAUAGAGGAGGAAGAAGAACAGCUUCUUUUGGAAGAAAUGGUUAAGUGAUGAUUCUGUAGAGAUAGUCAGGAUUCUGUUUCUCCUGUCAACAUGGCUUUUUGGUUAUAUUCUUCAUAUCUGUUGACAUGGACUGCAUCCUGUGAUGUUUUUCUUUCCUCACAUAUAUCUCAUUUUUUAAAUCUAAUUUCCAUGUGUUCUUUGCA